AUGGCCUCGAAAAGGGCAGGCUGUCUGUUCAGGUGCGGGCAAGGCAUGAAGCUUCUCCAUUGGCGAUGCUACGUUCUCGAAGGACAUGGGGAGCUCGACAUGGGAGCUGUCUUGGCUGCGGUGAUGGGUUUGCCGAGAAUGCCGCGGGCAAAUGCACACAAGACAGAUGUGAUGAUGUAUACGAAGCACCGUCUCAGCGAACGACAUGUCAUGCCAUGUCAUAUCUCACCAGAACCUCACCUACAUUUAGCUCAGGUUCACGAGUAUGGGCAGACAAACAGCCCGCGCCGGCCCAUUUUACUCCACGAUCUGCCCACGUUUACGGAGAGAUGGGAUAGUAGUCCAUUCGAAACACGUGUGGCGCGGCGGUCCCUCUGCACGGGAAGCGGACAGUUGAGCCCGCUCGCCGUCGAUUACUGGGAUGCCUACCUUAAGGUGUGGCAUCCCGCUGAAACCCAUUCGCUCAUCGCUGGCCCCGACGAUCGCCAGGGGUUUGACAAGUUCUCCCCCCUCCUAAAAGCCACAGAGCUGUACCCCUGCCCUCCACGUGGAAAUGUCGAGGAGAAAAGAUCCCCGGCUGACAUUGAUCCCGCGUCACCUGCGGCCAGAAUUCUCCUAUCGCUCCUUUGGCGCAGAACACCGGCCCUCGAUAAGCAAUCGUACUUACAUGUCAUGUCAUGUAUGUCCCCGGAGCCGCGUCAUUCUGACAGCUCGAGUGUUACGGUGACGGAGAUCUGCAUCGCCGAGGGAGCCAUGGCCGAGCAAGCCGAUUACAUGCCUAUCUACGAUGUUGUUAUUACCAAGCACUUGCUCCGCGGAGGCAGCCAUGUCAGCCUGUCAACCAUAAGGGCAUCAAGGCAUCCUCGUGCGGUGCGGCUGUACUCUGUAUGCAGCUUGUCAAUGGCGCUGCCCAGACAGAAGCGUGACGGCAUUCGAUUCUCCUGCACGACAGCCACGCACACGCCCGGGGUACAGCGAGUGCGGCUGAAGAGGAGGGUUCAGAAGGGACCAGCCGCCGUCGCAUCGUUCACCGUCCGCAGCCGUCAACUUCACAGACAGCGGCUCGCCCAGGAGUCCAAGGCCGACGCGCGUGGCCACGUGAACCAUGACUGCUCCCGUAUCAUCGUACUCGCACAGUCACCACGCAUGCAUGAAGCAGUGAUGAUCCUUCUGCCGCAGCUGCGGGCGCCGUCGGCAAGGGGGGCCCAGCUGCAUGACUUCUCCGCACUCGAAAGGACUGGCCCUUGGAGAAAGCUUGACCCCGUCCCAAGAGGAUGGAUCUCAACAGAGACAAGGCUGACAAUCCUGAGGGUGCUCUCUCUCUCUCUCUCUCUCUCUCUCUUUCCUACUCCUUCGAACCCAUGUGCACAUGGAUGCCUAACCAUGCACAAUGCGGGCAUCACCGUCGACGCACAACAGCGCGCUGCCUCUCUGCCCUUUCCCCCUCUUGGCCGAUCCGAAGUAGCAUUGUCUGAUGAAUCGGGUUUGGGUAGGCCACUCACCCAGCGAGACAGAUGCAAGGAUCCCCGCAGCCACGGCCGUGAUCAUCUGACGAUGGGACCAGGGCCCAAGGUCGAAUCCUGCCAUGCACGGCGAGCAGCUGACCUUGUGAAGCCGUAUGCACCCCAGAGAUUGGGAAGGGCGGACAAAAUCUAUGCCGUGAUAUGUAUCACUUCAGCCGCCCUUGGCUAG